CAGUCAGAUUAGAACAACUGGUAAAGAUGGCGUCCCCAAGUAAAUGGGUUUGUGUGUUGUUACUGCUGAGCGUAACUAUUUUCUGCAUAUCGACAGCAAACGAUGUCAAAAAUCAAAAACCCAAAAAGAAAAAGGACAUCAGAGAUUAUAAUGAUGCAGAUAUGGCAAGGCUGCUGGAAGAGUGGGAGAAAGAUGAUGAUAUUGAAGAGGGCGAUCUCCCAGAACACAAAAGAUCACCCCCGCCUAUCGACUUUUCAAAAGUGGAUCCAAAAAAACCUGAAGAACUUCUGAAGUUGUCCAAGAAAGGGAAGACGCUGAUGGUGUUUGCGUCCGUCUCUGGAAAUCCCACUGAAAAGGAGACUGAGGAGAUCACCAGCCUGUGGCAGAGCAGCCUCUUCAAUGCAAACUAUGAUGUUCAAAGAUUCGUUGUGGGCUCUAACCGUGCCAUCUUCAUGCUGCGGGACGGGGGCUACGCGUGGGAGAUCAAAGACUUCCUUGUGAACCAGGAGCGCUGCGCCGAGGUGACUGUGGAGGGUCAGGUGUUCCCUGGGAAAGGAGCGGAAAAGAAGGGAAAGCAAGGGGAGAAGAACCAGAACGAGAUCAACCCAGACAAGAAGAAGAAGAAGAAGAAGAAGGAAGAAAGCAAGGAAUCCAAGUCCAACAAAGAGAGUAACAAGGAUAACAAAAACAAAGUAGAGUUGUGAUCCUCGUUCGUGUGAACUGUGCCUCUAAACAGCCUUUCUACUACAGCACACCCCUCCCCUGUUUACUGAGGCAUCUCUUUACCUGUUUACUGAGGCAUCUCUACCUGUUUACUGAGGCAUCUCUUAACCCUGUGUGCUUUUAAUCCUGGUCGGUGUGGUUCUCCAGUGGAUCAGUCACACUGUCAGGGUUAAAGGUACACCUUCAAUCUAUCAAUCAUUCAGUCUUUAUUGAAACUAAAGGAAAGUAAGUGCAGGUGAACCAAGCGCUUUGUUUACCUUUCCUCGGUUUCUUUGGGAUUAAAGGUUGAUGAGCAUGGGUUAGUUAUCACGUCUGAAGGUUUACCCCCAGUAGUAUUAAGUUACUCAUUUAGAAAAACUUCUGUGUGAAAAACUCCAGCAAAACUCACAGUACGGUUAUUUCAAGUUUUACGUUUAUUGAUGCGUUAAUAGAAAGCCAGCAUUAGCAGGAUAAAAUGUUUCCCCCCCGAGUUACUGUGUUAUGGGUGGCAGGCAUUCCCCACCUCCUCUGCUAGGAAACGGGUAAUUUUUCAGUUAUUUAAAGUGGUGGUCUUCGUAGUUUGCUCUGCAGUAAGACCAAUACCUGUCAGCCACUUCUACUUUUAAUCGGAUCGCAUCAGGGUGCUCAAGGCUCAUUGGCCACAAUUUUUUUUUUGGGGUUCUAUGCUGGCCAACCACAGCUUGAAUUUGACACCACAGCCAGUUGAUUGCAUGUGCACCAAUUUUAAUAAAUCAUUGUAGCAUUGUAGGGUUCCCGUUUCUGAUUUUGAACCCGAUAAAGCACCAUCAAAUUGGACAAUUCUAAAUCCGUUUCCAUUGUCUGGCUAAUGUUACGGAUACAAAAAAAAGAUAAUUUAAACUGGAAUUCGUAGUAGAAAAACUGUUUUAACAAAACCUGAAAAUACUACAAAAAAAGUGUAUUGUUGUUUACUUUUCUAAAAGUGCCAUCUAUUGUAUGUUUAGAAAAACAUAACCCUAAUACAAUCUAUUUUAUGUUCUUUUUUCCCCCCCAAAGCAAAAAUCCACAGUAUAUUGCUAGAAAAGUACAGGAUAGUCCAGCAUAAGGAUCUGGCCAUGGCAUUUCUCAGUGGUGUGUAUGAAUUCCCCUUCGAUGUUCUUGCAUUGUGAGUCUGAUUUAUCCUAAUUAGCAGUCAAUGAAAAGGUAUAAUAAAGUCUGUUGAUGACUCCUGGUGUUAAAUGGUAUUGAUUGUUUAAGUAAUAUGUUUACUUGGAUUUUUAUAAUAAAAGUUUUUCUACCAUA